AUGGCUGAUGUGCAAGCAUUUACGAUGGAUGCGGGUCUUGGUGAUGUAGCAAUUCAUGGAUUGGAUGCCACUCGGCUCUUCGGAUCUGGCGACGGUUUAACUUACAGUGAUUUCCUAAUCUUGCCCGGUUUUAUCGACUUUACUCCUGAUGAUGUCUGCUUGGAAACUCAGCUCACGCGGAAAAUCAAGCUGCGAACGCCGCUUGUUUCUUCCCCGAUGGAUACUGUCACUGAAGGGGAAAUGGCAAUCGCAAUGGCUCUGUGUGGAGGAAUCGGUAUUAUUCAUAACAAUUGCUCAGUGGAUUUUCAAGCGGGAGAAGUUAUGAAGGUGAAGAAAUACAAGCACGGAUUCAUUCGUGAUCCCAUCGUCCUUUCUCCGAAGCACGUGGUUAAAGACGUGUUCGGAAUCAAGUCUCGACAUGGUUUUGCCGGCAUUCCGAUCACUGAUAAUGGACAACUUGGAGGGAAGCUGUUGGGGAUGGUGACUUCGAGAGACAUAGACUUUCUCUCACCGACUUCGCAACCACUUUCUGAGAUAAUGACGCCGUUUUCUGAACUGAUAACUGCCGUUUCGGGGGUAGCAUUGGAUGCCGCCUAUGAAUUACUUGAGCGGAGCAAAAAAGGGAAAUUGCCCAUCAUUGAUCAAAAUAACUGUCUCGUCGCUCUGAUUGCCCGCACAGAUCUGAAAAAGUCGAGGAAUUUUCCUCUCGCUUCCAAAGAUGCGAAUGACCAGUUGUUGGUUGGCGCCUCGAUCUCCACGCGUGAUGCCGAUAAAGUUCGACUUGAAGCGUUGGUCAAAGCUGGAGUUGAUGUUAUUAUACUGGAUUCAUCUCAGGGGAACUCAUCGUUUCAACUGGAGAUGAUAAAAUAUAUCAAAGCCAAGUACCCCGAACUCCAGUUGAUCUGCGGAAACAUCGUCACCGCGGCUCAGGCGAAGAACUUGAUAGAAGCUGGUGCAGAUGCGCUUCGAGUAGGAAUGGGCAGUGGAUCAAUUUGCAUCACGCAAGAAGUCAUGGCAGUUGGUAGGCCACAAGCAACGGCUGUGUAUAGAGUAGCUGAAUACGCCCGUCAGUUUGGCAUACCGGUGAUAGCGGAUGGAGGAAUCCAGUGUGUUGGACACAUAACGAAGGCUCUAUCUCUUGGCGCUUCUACUGUUAUGAUGGGAAGUUUGUUGGCUGGGACGACUGAGGCUCCGGGUGAAUAUUUCUUUUCGAACGGAGUUCGUCUAAAGAAAUAUCGUGGCAUGGGCAGUUUGGAGGCGAUGACUCGAGACGAUCACGGAUCUGAUGGUGGUUGCGGUCCGAUGGAACGAUAUUUUCAUAAGUAUGUCAGCUCUAUCAUAUAUACAUUUCUAUGCUUUGAGGUAUUCUAUAUUUCCAGGGACUCUGAUCAAGUCAAAAUUGCACAAGGCGUCAGUGGAAACAUAGUUGACAAAGGCAGUGUUCUGAGAUUUAUUCCGUACCUGAUUCGUGGGCUUCAGCAUGGUUGCCAAGAUAUUGGCGCCAGAUCGCUCAUGAAGCUCAGACAAAUGAUGUACAGCGGUCAGUUGAAAUUCGAGCGCAGAUCGCUGGCGUCACAAGUGGAAGGAGGAGUGCAUGGGUUGCAUUCGUAUGAAAAACGUUUGUUUUGA